GUUGACGAAUCGUCCAAUCGUUGUAGACCUUUAACAAGGAGAGUUCUUAUUUGCGCGUAAUACAUUCGUAAUUGAAUAAUAUACAUUGUUUUAUGUAAUGAUCACAAGUUAUAUAAGGAUGCUACAGGUCCUCAGUUCGAAAUCUGGUUCGCGACGUAAAAGAAUUAUUGCUAUAUGCGAGUGUAAAAACAAAUAUACGUGCGAUUGUUCAUCGACAUUUUAUAUUAUUAAAAAUAAAUAUUGAAAAUAUCGUGUUGUGAAAUAUUUGGUGAAAAGAGUGAAAAUUGUGGAUCGAAAACAUCGACGCGGUAUGAAUGAUAACAUUUUUCGAAGAUUAAGGAAGAUGGAGCACGCACGCUACGUGACAAUGGGAAGUUAGAAGCGAAUUGUCUUGUGUUGAGAGAAGGUGCUACCAGAUCACGCGUGGUGGUUAACAGAUGCACGUCCUUUCGAGUGGAGGAUCGAUAAUUCGCUUGACGUUUCGAGAGUUUCGCUAGAUGCUACUCAAGAAUCGUAUUCAUUGGUCGAGUAGACGAUUCUGAUCUUUAUUGGGACAAUAAACUACGGUGCAUACGUAUUAUGAGAGCAUCCUGUGAUCCAAACUAUGACGGUUCGCUGUGGACAUCAACUCGAAGUUCCACGUAUGUACAACGUAAAUACUGAAGCAACGGGAAAUAAAAGGAACGGCCGAUUUCCGGAGGGCAUAUCGUUGACAUUAUGAACUUUUGCUGUAACGAGAUAAGAAAUAUCAGAGAAAGAGCAUAUAAUUCUUUCGUCGCGUCUUACCAACUUCUGCGACUUUUAAUCCCAGUAAACAUCGACGUUGUGGGACGCGUACAAAAUCAAAAACAAGAAAAAGAUAUCUUAUUUCUUUCCUGCUUCGAGUAAACUCGUAAGCUAUGAAAACUCGUAAAAAUUAUUUCUAUAUCUGAUACUACAUUUAAAGGACUAGAUAGAUAGAGAGAGAAAGAAAAAGAGAUAAAUAAAGAAAAAGAAAGAAACAAAAGUACUUACUAAAAAUAGAAAAGAGAAAAUAGAAAAGAAUGCAAGCAAUUUUUUGUUAAAAGACUCUCCUCACGCGAUUUGCCAACUUCCUGAUUCCUCCAACUAUAUCCAAUCGAUUGAAUCUUAAUAGUUUGUAAAGUUGAAGGAAGGAAGUAACAGAGAGAGAGAGAGAGAGAGAGAGAGAGAGAGAGAGUGAGAGAGAGAAGACAUGGCUAGCUGGCUAUCAUCGAACGUCGACGAACCUAUGGAUCGUAAUUACGUGCGAAACGUUUUGAACUACAUUAACGACUUGAAGGAGUCCUUCUCUGAGGAGGAAUUCAAGUGCCUCGAACGAAAGCAUCAAGACCUACAAGCUCGGUUAGAAGAACGACACCAGCAUCAAGCCAUCAAUGGUGGAAUUGAGGAAGGAGGAGCUACGGAGGGUCAAGAGGGUUGCGAAGUUAGUUGGGACUCUUUACUCUGUUGGCCAUACACGUCACCAGGAACUCUCGCCAUAUUACCUUGCUUCGAAGAACUCAAUGGCAUACGCUACGACAAUACUCAAAACGCAAGUCGAUGGUGUUGGCCAAAUGGUACAUGGGAUAGUUAUUCAAACUAUUCUUCGUGCCGUGACAUUCGACCGUUGAACAUUGAAGCUGAUGUAGAAAUUACGACAAAAAUAUAUUUCAUUGGAUAUAGCUUGUCCCUUUGUACUCUGGCGAUAGCCGUCUCCAUAUUUUUAUAUUUUAAGGAACUGAGAUGUCUAAGGAACAAUAUACAUAUAAAUUUAAUGUUCACGUACAUUCUGGCUGACCUCAUGUGGAUAUUAACUACUGCAAUGCAGGUCUCUAUGCAAACAGACAUACCAACUUGCGUCACGUUCUUCUCUCUUCUUCAUUAUUUUCAAUUGACCAAUUUCUUCUGGAUGUUCGUCGAAGGAUUGUAUCUCUAUUUGUUAGUUGUAAGAACUUUUACGGGAGAUAAUAUUCAACUAAAGAUGUGUCUUGUCAUAGGUUGGGGUGUUCCAAUUCUCAUCAUAGCUAUUUGGGGCAUCGCCAAGUCUCUUGUCACUCAAGGAAAUCAGAAUGUCGCACUUUGGAAGCAUUGUCCAUGGAUGACACCACAUUCCUACGAUUGGAUUUAUCAAGCAUCUGUCAUUACAGUUCUUGCCGUGAAUGUGAUUUUUUUGUUCUUGAUCAUGUGGGUACUGAUCACUAAGUUAUGGUCUGCGAACAAUGCAGAAACGCAACAGUAUAGAAAAGCUAGCAAAGCUCUGUUGGUGCUGAUACCACUUCUUGGAGUGACAUACGUUCUGGUUCUCGCUGGACCAACGGAAGGUCAAGCAGCUAAUGCAUUUUCUUACACCCGUGCUGUGUUACUUUCUUCUCAGGGUUUGCUGGUGACGCUAUUCUAUUGUUUUCUCAAUACCGAGGUGCAGAAUACGCUGAGACAUCACUUUGCAAGGUGGACGACGUCGCGUGAUCUUGGCAAUAGUCGAAGGUAUUACAAGAAUUGGUCUCCGCGCUCAAGAACAGAAAGCAUAAGGCUAUACGGCCAACCUUCAAAUCCAUAUCGUAAAAGGGAAUCUACGGUAAGUGAAACGACGACCACAACGGUGAUAGGUCCGAAUUCAACAACAACGUUUCUGGACAAAUCUAAGAAAGCCAUUUCAGAAGACUCAAAUGAAUAAAGUUUUACACGAAGCGAAUUUCGGUGGGAGGAGAGACUGGUAAGAUCAUUAAGCGCGAAGAGACUCAUUGUAAAAGUAUCUUUUCAUAAGUGUCGUCGUAUUAUUAAUUAUGACGUUAAAAUAAUGAUAUAUAUAUAUAUGUGUGUGUGUGUGUAUAUAUAUAUAUAUAUAUAUAUAUAUAUAUAUACACACAUAUUCACAUUGUAUAUGUUCUAGAUUGCCUCUAAAUUUUCAACUCAUCUUUGUUCGCUUAAAAAAAAUCUCCAAUUUUUCUACCAGCCAAAUUAUGAUACACAGUAGAUAUUAGUAAAAAUUAAAUUGAUCCAACACUGCUAUAUGAGGUAAUAAAUAUUAUAUUAUUAUUUUUUAAUAAGA